AUGCGAGCCCAGGUGGCACUGUGUUUGUCCCUGUUUUUGUUUGCGACUGGUGUUUUCGGUAUCAAGCUACAGAUUACGUCCAGACAAAAGAAAGUGGGCAGGCUCCCUGCUGACACUCAGCCUGAAGAAUCUGCACUCGAGACAGGUUUCUCAGACUCACGGGCAAAACGCGGCUUCUCCCAGGCAAGCCCGGACGGGAGAAGGCAGUCUGCGGGACGGUCACCGAGUAGACGAAGCGACUGGAUAUCUGAAAUCAGUGCCUCCCCUCUGGAGACACCUUCCAGUGCGACAUCUACAGGAAGAAGCGGGACGUAUGCUGUUGAUCGAACACAGCAGCGAAGACCAGUGUGGAACAGAUUCAGAGCCGUUCAAACGCAUUUCGCCCGCUUGGCUUGGCGACUUUGCAGGCCGUUCAUCUGCCCGUCCGUUCGCCGUCGGUUCCGACACACUGAGCAUGGGCCAAUUCCCGCAGUCAACUUUCGUAUGGGUCUUGAGACUGGUCAGGCUGCGCUUGCCGAUUACUGUGGCAUGCUUCGUCUGACGGAAAGAGAGGCAUGCACGGAAACUGCGCAACAAGUGAGCGACUUGCUAAUCUCCACCCAAGUGAUGCCUCCCGACAGAAAUCUUGUGUUUGAAUCUCUGUUCAAUCCGGGAUCGAGAGUCAACCUUACAAGGGGAGAGCUCCUCGGCUGUGGAGGUACUAGCAAUGUCUACUCUAUGACUCAGGAGGACGGCACCAAAGUCGCAGUCAAAAUUUUGAGUAGUUACGCUCAAAUGACUAAUUUGGCAUCAGUCCUGUCAGCUGGCGCCUCAGCCAUGAAAAUUAUGCGCCGAGAAGCGGGAAUUUCCGAGCUUCUAGGCAAUCAAGAUCUCGACGAUAUUCUAUAUAACGACCGGCUACUAGUCCCCAGCGACGUGCUGCGGCUCCCUGGCAAAAAUGAUUGGUUUUUCCCGGAACAGUCAACGGUGAUAUACAAUUUUUUUCUGGCGUUCCCGAUCGCGGCAGGAACUUUAGAAGAUGUCGUUCCGCUUCUUGACACCACGCAGAAGAGUUUCGCAGCGAGAGUUUCCGCUACAGUCCAAAUGGUCAAAGUGGUAGCGGGACUCCACCGAAAAGGUCUGGUUCACGGCGACCUCAAGCCGUCGAACUUCCUUGUGUCCAACAGUGGCAUCGUGCUCCUUGGCGACUUCUCGUACGCGUAUGUGCGAGGUCAAAUGUCUACUUUUCCAAUUAUCACUUGGGCUUUUUUCAGUCCAGAGAACAUUCGAAUGGCUACGCAAUUUUCUCAAGUUCGGGUUGAGCUGACCCACGAUUCUUGGAUGCUCGCCUUCACGAUCUACUUUCUCUGGUGCGGUCGCCUCCCAUGGGGUAUAGCCAUCGAAGAAGGCGAUUACAGAAAAAUCGUUGCUAUCCUCGAUCAGAAUACGCCGGAGACGCUAAACUUCCACAACUGCAAUGGAAUUCCUGCAGGCAUCCAGCAGCUUAUUCGGCUGCUCCUAGCGAAAGACCCCAGUCGGCGUUGGACGCCGGAAAAAGCAAUAGCUGAAUUGAAUAUAUUCAAACUCAACCGCUCCGAAUAUGCGGCGCAAACAUGA